AUGGCUGAAAAUAAUAGAGUGGGUCAACUGGAUGACCCCGUACCACCAAUAGUUCCACCUCCUCAAUAUCAAGCAGCUCAACCACGUCUUCGUGACAUCCAAAGACCGGUAAUAGCUGUUAACCCUUCUUGCAUUCAAUUAUCUGAUGCAGCUAGAAAUUAUGAACUCAAGACUUUCCAUCUUAAUAUUCUCCCGACCUUUAACGGUUUGGGAAGUGAAGAUGCUUUGGGUUUCAUGCGAGAGCUCUAUAGUACGGUACAAACUUUACCUUUGAAUAAUUUAUCUGAGGAAGAGCUUAGAAUGAAAUGUUUUCCAUAUUGCAUGAGGGGUGAUGCAAGGCAAUGGUUGUUAAAUUUACCAGAGGGUUCUUUAAGAACUUGGGAUGAUGUUUACAAUGCUUUCAUGUUUAAAUAUUAUUCAUCUCAAAAGACAAUGGACUAUAGGAGUAGGAUAUGCACUUUCACUCAAAGAGAGGAUACUGCUGCAGGUGGAUACACAUGUGAUAAAAAUAGUGAUGAAUUAGAAGCUAUCUAUGAGAGCUUAGCUAGUAAUUCUCGACAAAAGGCAGUGAGAGGUCGAAGAGCUGCUGUGCAUGAAAUUAGCACACAAUCUGAGUUGACAACACAAGUGGCUGAAUUGACUAAACAGAUGAACUUGUUGAUGACUCGUGAUAGUUCGAAUAGAGAAUUUUGUUCUUAUUGCAAUACAUAUGGUCAUAAUUCUUCUGUUUGUAUGAAUGCAGAGUCAUCACAACCAUCUUAUGAAGAAGUCAAUUACAUGGGAUCCAACAUGGGUAGGCAACAACCAAGAAAUGAUCCAUUUUCUAAUACAUAUAAUCCAGGUUGGCGAAAUCACCCUAACUUCUCAUGGAGAGAUCAAGGUAAUGGUAAUGCAAGACCAAUGGGACCACCCGGAUUCCAGCAACAGGGACCAUCAGGAUUCCAGCAUCAGCAAUACAGACCUUUCCAGCAGCCACCUGCACCACAACAGUCUCAACUUUUUGCUCAGGAGAAGAAGCCUCAAUUGGAGGAGAUGGAAGGAGCUAUGGCUGUCACGUUGAGAAGUGGUAAGAUAUUGAAUGAAAUUAUGAAAGAAAAUGAACCCACGAGGGUUGAGAAAGAGAGUGAUAAAGAAGAGGAGCAAGUGCCUAAAGAGAAUUCUAGUAAUCAAAACCUCACUUCUUCUACAGUGAAACCUUAUGUACCCCCCAUUCCAUAUCCACAAAGGUUACAAAAGAGGAACCAGGAUAAUAACUUCAAAAGAUUCUUAGAGGUUUUUAAAAAAUUACAAAUUAAUAUUCCUUUUGCAGAAGCACUUGCCAAUAUGCCGUCUUAUGCCAAGUACAUUAAGGAAAUUGUGUCUAAUAAAAAGAAACUGGAAGAGUUUGCUACUGUGCACUUAAAUGAGGAGUGUAGUGCUAUUCUACAAAGCAAAUUACCUCCUAAGCUAAUGGAUCCAGGAAGUUUUUCUAUUCCUUGCACUAUUGGUAAUACUGUUGUUGAUAAAUGCUUAUGUGAUCUAGGUGCCAGUAUUAACCUUAUGCAUUUAACUCUUUUCAAUAAGUUGGAAAUAGCUGAAAUGAAGCCAACAACAAUCUCUCUUCAACUUGCUGAUAGAUCAGUCAAGUACCCGCUUGGAGUAGUGGAGGAUAUAUUGGUAAAAGUUGGUAAAUUAUAUUUUCCUGCUGAUUUUCUGAUUCUUGAUAUGGGUAGUGACACAGAUACAUCUCUUAUACUUGGUAGGCCAUUUUUGUUGACAGGAGGAGUUUUAAUUGAUAUGCCUUUAGGGAAAUUGAUUUUUAGAGUAGGUAAAGAAAAAGAGGAAUUCUCUAUCUCUAAAGUUGUAAAAUUACCAACUUUUGAUGAAUCAUGUCUUUUUGUUGAUGUUAUUGAGAAACCUUCAGAAGAAAAAUUUUUUAAGCAUUCACCUAGUGAAACACCACAUCAACUUGAAUUUAAACCACCUUCAUUGCGGUUCAAAUACGAAUUUUUGAGUGACAAUGAUACUUUUCUUAUGUUUUCUUAUGCUCAUUUACUUCAUGCAAAAGAAGAGAGAUUGUGGAGAACAUUGACUAAAGCUUGGCAUGACAAAAUAAUUUUUGGAGAGAAUUCAAUAUAG